AUGCGACUUGGUGUCAUACAUUGACGCAGUGUCAGUCAGCGAACAUCAAGCUGACACCCAAGGCCGUACUGUGAUGACGAAACCAUUUAACUUGUCGAUAAUCGACUUUCCGUGCCAUCGGAAUCUCCGUGGAUGGUCCAAGGACACUCCGUGCUUAUCAUGCAUAGCAGCCUGGAGUGAAAAGCUGACAUUAUAAUGUAAAAGAGCAACACAAAAACAGGCAUUUCAGCACAAUCACCACUUCUUUCAGAGAUCUAAAUUCUACUGCACUACCGACGCAAUGACAUCUCUGCAACACGCCUUCGAAACUGUCCAUGCAUCUGGACAGACCUGUCUGCAAAACCCCGAAACUCGCGAAACACGCCUUCAGGCCCUAUCUGCGGCGAGGAAGCUUGUCUGGGAACUCGAGUCUGAACAAGGUGCCGUGUUCAACCGCAUUGGAGACCUUCUUUCGACGCUGGCACUAGGCUUUUUGGUCAAUAUCGGUGUUCCGCAGAGCAUACCUCAACAUGGAAGCAUCUUCCUUGACGAACUUGCAGUCAAAGUACAAGCCGAUGCUUCUUUCCUCGCUAGGCUCAUGCGCUUGCUGUGUGCUUUUGGUAUCUUCCAGGAGACGGACCGAGACACUUACGCCCAUACCAAGCAAUCCAUCUUAUAUGGCCAAGCAGAGGGAGAGUUUGUCUCCCUCCUAAUCAACGAACAGUUCCUGCCGGUGUUUUCACGACUAUCUGAGUACUUUGCCGACCGUACACUUGAAAGUCCGAACGAUCCAAAGCGUCAUCCGUAUGGCUGGGCUCACGGAAUGAACGAUCACCACUGGAUCGAGGUUCUUGCCAGAGACCCAAAAAAUCUGGCUUUGUUUGCAAAAUCUGCAGGCUUCCUGGGAGACUUUGCGGCUGACGUCUACAUCUAUCCCUACGACAAAGAACUCAAAGGUGCAUCUGACAAAGCGGUGACCGACAACUCUGUGUUGAUGGUGGAUAUUGGUGGUUCCACCGGUGAUACGAUGAAGAUUCUGCGUCAGCAUUAUUCCGACUUGAAGGGUAGAAUUGUUGUUCAAGACAUUGCGGACGUCAUCAACAACAUACCUGCUGGCUAUUUGCCAGAUGGAAUUGAGGCAACUGUGCAUGACUUCUGGCAACCACAGCCCAUCAAAGGUGCUGGUGCAUACUAUAUGCGUCGUGUCAUGCACGAUUGGCCAGACGAGCAUUGUCGAAACAUUCUUCGCCACAUCGUCGAUGCUAUGGAUGAGCAUUCCAAGUUGCUCAUUGCAGAGGCUGUUGUCCCCGACCGAGUUGACAUGCGCGACCCCUCAGUAUACUGGAUGGAUUUGGUCAUGUUUACCUUUUCUGGCAAGGAGCGUACGGCAGCGCAGUGGAAAGAUCUGUUCGAGUCUGCUGGUUUGGAAUUGGUUAAGAUCUGGAGCAUGGAGAUGAACACUCAUUCUGUGCUGGAGGGAAGGAAGAAUAUGGCUAUGAAGUGCUAGGAUUUCCUGCUCUAUUGGCGGGUACGCUAUGGAACAUGUUGUUCCUGACUUACUGCCAGGGCUUCCC